CGCUGAGCGAUAUCGGUUGGCGGCGAUCUUGGGUUGCCGCCUCUUGGAGUGUGGAGGUCAUCUUACGUCGUGUAUUGAGAGGAAAGUCACAAGCAGGGCAACUUUUCGAUCCUUUUCCUACUCGAUGGAUUUCUUUACUUCCCUCAAUGAUAGGUAAAUAAAGUUGCAGACAAUUGAGUCUGCAAUAAUGUUGCAGACAAUUGCGUCUGCUUUGCUUGGAACCAACAAGCUCAGAUAGGUAUGAGAAUUCCAAUAUGCAUAACUUGUUGUCUGAAGCAGGACGAGGUUCGUUCAUAUGGCGAGGUUGCGCGACGGAUCCAGCCACCUUGCAGUAUCACUGGAGUGGUAGUAUCUUUAAGGCUUUCCCUAAUUCAUCUUGUAAAAGCACCCUAGAAGGGUACUGUAGAAAGAAACCACGAGCAAGAUUCUCUCCAUCAAGAUGAAUCGCGAUAAGCUCUAAUAUGGUUAUGUGGACGUAUUUCACAACUUAGUAGUUUUUGUGAACAAGCACAUCAAUUAUUUUCAUAGGAUUUCGAUAGUUUCUGCACAGCACGCAACGCGCAGGACAGGGGAGCUUGUUCGAAGAUGUUUACGACACCAAUAAAUCAAUAGUGUUCAUAGGCGUACCCCUGGAUUGGGUUUACUACUACUACUACUACUACUACUACUACUACUACUACUACUACUACUACUACUACUACUACUACUACUACUACUACUACUACUACUACUACUACUACUACUACUACUACUACUACUACUACUACUACUACUACUACUACUACUACUACUACUACUACACUAGUGUUCAAAAUGAUAGGUACUCAAGGUAAAAAAGAACAAAGGGUCUUCGUCACCCAGUCAUGUUGGUUCAGUUGUCGGGUGUUAUCACAACAAGAACUCAAGACAGCUAUUGUAUUCGAACGCUAGACUGUUCUUAGGUACUUAACCACAAGGUCACCUUGAUUGCCUCUAACACUGAUAAAUCGCAGACGGAAAAGAACUUACUCCUUGGCGCGAAGCUGCAGACGGAUGAGGUCUUAUCGCGUGGCACAGACCUGCAAAUAACUCAGAAGAAGACACGGCUGGGCGCGCAGCUGCAAAUCACUAAGAAGGAGCGGCGCCGGGGUCGUACGAACUUGCAGCAAGUCACCGAGACGAUGAGCACGCUGCUGGGUACUGGAG